GAAAACCACCAUUUCAUACAUUUCCAUCAAAACCAAAAACCCUUUCUCCCCAACUCCUUCAUCCAUUGCCGUCUGUUUGUAUCUAGCGCCACCGCUACUGCUUCCUACUAGUUUCAAUACUUAAUUUUAUCAGCUUUAAUGGACAUGGACCCUGAUGAUGUGUUUAGAGACGAAGAAGACGACCCUGAAAAUGAUCUCUAUCAGGAAAGGCAGGCAAGCAAAGAACUAUUGGUGUACCUAGUGGAUGCUUCGCCAAAAAUGUUCAACAUCACUUGUCCUGGGGAAGAUCAAAAGAAUGAAUCUCAUUUUCAUGUUGCUGUAAGUUGUAUUGCUCAGUUUAUCAAGGUUCAGAUCAUCAACAGGCCAUAUGAUGAAAUUGCAAUAUGCUUCUUCAAUACUAGAGAAAAGAAAAAUCUGCAAGAUCUAAAUGGUGUUUAUGUAUUUAAUGUUGCUGAAAGAGAACAUUUGGACAACCUUACAGCACGGUUCAUAAGGGAAUUUGAUUGUGUAGAAGAAUCCUUCAAUAAACUUAUUGGCAGCGAGUAUGGUAUUGUUUCUGGAUCUAGGGAUAAUUCUUUGUACAAUGCAUUCUGGGUUGCACAAGCACUACUGCGUAAAGGAUCUGCCAAAACAGCCGAUAAGCGCAUCUUGUUGCUUACAAAUGAAGAUGACCCGUUUGGAAAUAUCAAGGGAGUGACAAAGCUAGACAUGGCUAGAACAACAUUGCAGCGAGCUAAGGAUGCACAAGACCUUGGCAUCUCAAUUGAACUUCUUCCUUUAAGUAGGCCAAAUGAAGAAUUUAAUGUCUCACUUUGUUAUGCUGAUUUGAUUGGAUUGGAUGGUGAUGAUCUUGCUCAAUUCAUGCCAUUGGCUGGAGAAAGAUUUGAAGACAUGAAAAAACAAUUAAGAAAACGCAUGUUCAAGAAGCGCAAAGUCCGCAGGAUCACGUUUAUGAUUGCAAGUGGCUUAUCGAUUGAACUGAAUACAUAUGCUUUGAUCCGUCCCACUGCUCCAGGGACCAUUACUUGGCUGGAUUCUGUCACCAAUCUUCCUUUAAAGGCUGAAAGGUCAUUCAUCUGUGCUGACACUGGGGCACUAGUGCAAGAGCCUCCAAAGCGUUUCCAAAUUUACAAGAAUGAGGAAAUCAAGUUUUCAACAGAGGAGCUUUCAGAAAUCAAGAGAGUUUCAACAGGAAGUCUAAGGCUUCUAGGUUUCAAGCCGCUAAGUUGCUUGAAGGAUUAUCACAACUUGAGGCCAUCAACAUUUGUCUCUCCUAGUGAUGAGGAAGUGAUGGGAAGCACGUGCAUUUUCAUUGCUCUUCACAGAUCUAUGAUACGCCUAAAGCGUUUUGCAGUUGCAUUUUACGGAAGUUCAGCUCGUCCUCAACUGGUUGGUCUGGUAGCACAAGAUGAAAUCGUUGAUGCCGGUGGUCAACUUGAGCCACCAGGAAUGCACAUGAUAUACCUUCCAUAUUCUGAGGACAUAAGACUCAUUGAAGAGCUUCAUUCAGAGACUACUGGCAAUAUGCCUUCGGCCACUGAGGAUCAAAUACAGAAGGCCACUGCUUUGAUGAAACGUGUGGACUUGAGAGAUUUCUCUGUCUGCCAAUUUGCCAAUCCUGCACUGCAGAGCCACUAUGCAGUAGUACAGGCUCUGGCCCUUGAUGAAGAUGAGAUGCCCGAAAUUAAUGAUGAAACUCUUCCGGAUGAAGAAGGCAUGGCUAGGCCAGGGAUUGCUAAAGCGUUGGAAGAAUUCAAGGUCUCCGUGUAUGGAGAAAACUACGAUGAAGAAAAUGAAAACACAGCUCAGGGGAAGGCAAAUGCUGCCUCCAAGAAAAGGAAAGUGGCUUCUGAAGAUGCGCUUGUUAAGUGUGCAUACUACGAUUGGCCCAAACUUGCAGAUGACGGAAAGUUGAAGGAUUUGACUGUACAGGAGCUGAAAUAUUACGUUACAGCCCACAAGCUUCCUGUUGCUGGCAAAAAGGAAGCUUUGAUCAGUCGGAUCUUAACACACAUGGGUAAAUAAAACCGAUAUUUGUGUAAGCCAUUAGUAAGAUUUGUGAAGUCCUCAGAAACCAAAUUUUGGUUUGCACGAAACUUGCAUCUUGUGUGACCUUCCUUUCUAUGGAUUAUAAGGCAAGUUUUCGCUUACUGAUUAAUUUGAGGUGAAAACUUCUGCAUCUCCUGCCUUUAGACUUCUUCCCAAACUUGCAUAUUGAGAAAUUCUGGACCUCUCCGAUCACUCUCCAAAAGAAUCCUUGAACAUACGUACAGUGCCCCCUCCAACGGAGGCUAGAUGGACACAGAUUGUCCUAGGGUGUCGAGAGGGGGCUAGCCAGAGUGUCGAGUCCCUAGAGUGGUAAACCUUGGUUCUGAUACAAUGUGAGAAUAUGUGGAACCCCUAGAUCACUUUUUAAAAGAGUAAUUGAGGAGAAACGAAGGCUUCUGAAUACAGACAAAGAGAAAUGGUCCAAGUUUAUCCGAUAUGGGCACCCAACAAAACCCUAGAUAUGGGCAUCUAUAAUCAGGCCAAGUAACUAGUCAAGAUUAACCAAAACCGGGCUUGUUCUAUAACUGGUUAUCAUGGGAGUGAUUGGGCCAGAUAUGUAAGAGGCCACCAGGUACCGAUAUCGGUCCUUCAUCAGACCUUGUGUAACUGGUUACAAUGACUGGUUGUGUAACUGGCUGGAAGGACUGGAAAGGUGCACUACUUUUAUUUAACUAUGUAGUUUUAAACAGU